AUGUCCCAUACCCUAAUACAUUAUCUCUCGUCUGUCGGGAGAGCGGCCUUGACUCCCCCGCUUCUCUAUCGUCGGAAUCCGCCGUGGAGCUGUCGACGGGGCGGUCCAUAUAUCUUGGCGUCGCAUCCACCGAACUAUCCCCCGGAUACCCCAUUACACCAUGACACUUUCCCCGCUGAUGCACAAAUCGACGACGCGGCAUCGAAAUGUCUGGCGCUUCAAAAGUCUGGCCAAGAUCGCCAUGACAGGAGGCCAUCUGCAGCUCUGCUACUGGCCCGAGACAAUGGAACGCAGUUGAUGUCGUCGUUAUCCCUAUCGUAUGUCCGUCACGCCGAGUGUGAGCUGGCUCGCAAUGCGGCGGACAACUAUUGCUGGGACUAUCUUGCGGGAUGUACCAUGGUAUCAGCCUGGGAACCCUGCGCCAUGCGUGCGGCCACCCUCUACUGGUCGCACAUCGGGCGACUGGUGUAUCUGGCGUCGGAGCAAACGCUGCAGAAGUUGACCGACGAGGGUAAUACGGAAAAUCUCACGCUCGACCUACCUUGUCACCAGGUUUUUCGCAGCCGGUCAGAGCAAAGUUGA